GGAACUUGGAAAUCUCCAAAAUAAAAAAAAUAGAUACAAAAAUAAAUAGUAAGAAAAAUAUCUUAUGAAACACACACAAAAACUGGCCACCAUGAAAAGCCAAGUGAGGCGCCAAAUACAAACAAGACAGGAGUAUUAGCAGUAGUAGUAUUUGUUACCACUUGAGCAUUACUAGCAGAAGCAACUGGAUUGUGUUAAUGGCUGACAAAUUAGGUCUCCCUCUUCUACUCCCAAACCCUCCACCUUCUAAAUCCAUCUUCCAAGAACCUCACUUCACUGUUUCCUCCAAUAAUCAACCUCCUUUAACUCCAUUCCUAAACGACCUUUUUCACCAUCAACAAAACCCCAACAACACUUCCCCAAAUUUCCCUUCAACUUCCACACAAUCACAACCCCAAAUCCCUCAAUCCACAAAUUUCCCUUCACCAAUUCCCAGAACAACACGACGUCGUAUUGGCAAAAACAAUGAUUCCAACAAAGGCAAACCAUGGAAUCCUCAUAGACUUUCACCUCAAGGUGAGAAAAUUCUCCAAACCCUUAUUAACCCUGAAUUCCAAACCCAAAAUAUUCACCAAAUUUUGCUCAGUUUGUAUACUGCACAUCGUUUAGAAAGUUCUGAAUUGGAUACUGAGUCUUUGUGUUUUGAUGUUUUGGGUAUUAUUAAGGGUUUAGGUUACUAUAAAAAAUGUGACCUGGCACUGAAUGUGUUUGAAUGGGUUAGAAACCGACCCGAUUCGGGGGUUUUGUUAAACGGGUCUGUUAUUGCUGUGGUUAUAAGUAUGCUUGGUAAAGAGGGUAGGGUUUCAGUGGCUUCAAAUUUGCUACAUAAUUUGCAUAAAGAUGGUUUUGGUAUCGAUGUUUAUGCGUAUACUUCGUUAAUUACUGCGUUUGCGCGUAAUGGGAGGUAUAGGGAUGCGGUUAUGGUUUACAAGAAAAUGGAGGAAGAAGGGUGUAAACCUACUUUAAUUACUUACAAUGUGAUUUUGAAUGUUUAUGGGAAAAUGGGUAUGCCUUGGAGUAGAAUUUCGGGUGUUUUUGAAGGUAUGAAGAACUCUGGAGUUGUUCCUGAUGCUUAUACGUAUAAUACUCUUAUUACUUGUUGUCGUCGGGGUUCUUUGUAUGAGGAAGCUAGGCAGAUUUUUGAGGAGAUGAAGAAUUUCGGUUUUAUGCCCGAUAAGGUUACAUAUAAUGCAUUGUUAGACGUGUAUGGGAGGUCUAGGAUGCCAAAAGAAGCCAUGGAGGUUUUACGAGAGAUGGAGUUGCAUGGGUUUUCGCCCAGCAUUGUGACUUACAAUUCUUUGGUAUCUGCGUAUGCUAGGGAUGGUUUAAUGGAGGAAGCAAUGGAGCUUAAAUCCCAGAUGACAGAUAAAGGGAUUAAGCCUGAUGUUUUUACAUAUACCACUUUGUUCUCCGGAUUUGAGAAGGCUGGGAAAGAUGAAUCGGCAAUGAGAAUAUUUGAAGAGAUGACAAGUGCGGGGUGUAAACCAAACAUCUGUACUUUCAAUGCUCUUAUUAAGAUGCACGGGAACCGGGGAAAAUUCAAUGAAAUGAUGAAGGUUUUUGAUGACAUCAGGACAUUUGGUUGUUCCCCGGAUAUUGUCACUUGGAAUACGCUGCUAGCCGUAUUUGGCCAGAACGGAAUGGAUUCAGAAGUCACCGGAGUGUUCAAAGAAAUGAAGAGAGCGGGCUUCGUAGCUGAACGGGACACCUUUAAUACUUUAAUUGGUGCUUACAGUCGUUGUGGAGCUUUUGAUCAAGCUAUGGUCGUUUACAGACGAAUGUUAGAUGCUGGGGUCACUCCGGAUCUCUCCACUUAUAAUGCUGUUUUAGCAGCAUUAGCUCGGGGAGGGCUAUGGGAACAGUCUGAAAAAGUACUUGCAGAAAUGAGAGAUGGUCGUUGUAAGCCUAAUGAGCUAACAUAUAGUUCUUUACUUCAUGCGUAUGCUAAUGGGAAAGAGAUUGACAGGAUUCAUACUCUUGCAGAAGAGAUAUACUCUUCUGUAAUCCAGCCUCAUGUUGUGCUUUUGAAGACCCUUGUAUUAGUUUAUAGCAAAAGUGAUCUUUUAGUGGAGACUGAACGAGCUUUUUUGGAGUUGAGAAGUAGAGGGUUUUCGCCAGAUAUAAGCACCUUAAAUGCCAUGCUUUCCAUUUAUGGUCGAAAGCAAAUGUUUACAAAGGCAACUGAGAUCAUGAACUUCAUGAAGGAUACUGGUUACACUCCUAGCUUGACUACGUAUAAUAGUUUGAUGUACAUGUACAGCCGGUCUGGCAAUUAUGAGAAAUCGGAGCAACUACUAAUGGAAAUUAUAGCAAAAGGGGUCAGGCCUGAUGUUAUUUCGUAUAACACAGUAAUAUAUGCUUAUUGCAGAAAUGGGCGGAUGAGAGAUGCUUCACGAAUCUUUACAGAAAUGAAGGAUUCUGGAAUUGUUCCUGAUGUGAUCACAUACAAUACCUUUGUUUCAAGGUAUGCAGCUGAUGCGAUGUUUAUUGAUGCCAUUGAAGUGGUUCGUUACAUGAUCAAACAAGGUUGUAAGCCCAAUGAUAGCACAUACAACUCCAUUAUAGACUCAUAUUGUAAACUCAAUCGGAGAGAUGAGGCUCUAGCUUUUAUUAACAACCUACGCAAGCUUAAUCCUCAUGUUUCUAAGGAGGAAGUGACUAAAUUAUCAGAACGAUUGAUGAAGAAAUGAGUUUUUUAUUUUUUUAAAUUUUUUUAUAGAUUAUAGUUCAGUAGCAAUACCGUUUUGUUGUAUUCUCUCCCGUUUUCCUUUUUAUACAUGUAUACUGCGAAAAUAUGAGCAGUGUGCUAAUUGUCGUAUAUAGAAUUUCUUUUACAAUUUUGGGGGAUCCUUGUUAGAAUAGAUUCACAUGGUUCAACAAUGGUGAAAA